AUGUAUUGGACAAAUGUUAUAGUUUUGUGUUUUACUAUUUUCUCGGGGACACGUGCACUCUCGUGCACACAGAGAGAUUUGUGUUCCUGUUCAAUGGACGAUGGCAGCGGUGAUGUUGAUGUUUCUACACUCGGCAACCAGGACGGAAGCCCUAUGUUCAAAGAUAUGAUUGCUGCGGACGGGUUUCAAUACUCUCUCAAUCUAUGCUACCCAUUUAAUGAGAUAUCAUGUACAAACACUUCCGCGUGCCAAAUUACCACUAACGGAACAAGCGGUUUCGCUAUAGGGGACUCCGCAAACGUCAAGUUCUCCAUGGACACUUUGAACCAGGUCCACAUCAAAUACACCAAUACAGAUGGAAAUGGUGUCGUAAGGAUCACCGACGUGACGAUGAUAUGUAGUCCCUCGGCCGACCCACCUAUAGUUACCACCAAUGGGGAGACCUUAAAGGGGUCCCUGAUCUAUGAGUUCAUCUUAUACUCAAAAUGUGGCUGUGCGGGGCAAUGUGACACCAAAUCGCAACCACCAAACAGGUCAACAGGGGUUCUCAGUGUUGGAACCACAAUUAUCAUUGUUGCUCUGUCGCUGGGCUUUUCUUACAUGGUUGGAGGUAUUUUAUAUAUGAAGAUGAUACGCCACACUAAUGGGAAAGAGAUUAUACCCAAUUUAUCGUUCUGGGGAAGUUUACCUGGUCUUGUCAAGACGAUAUCAAUUCACCUGGGUUUUUAUCCUUUUGUUAUGUUCCAAAAAUUAGAUCUUACGGAUUCAAAAAGUUAG